CGUUGCCCCGCUUUGAAUCUGCAUAUUCUUACACCUCAUUUUUAAUGUUUAUUAAUCCGUUGGCCUCUCAAAUACUAAACGCAGUCUCUUGUGUACUCGCUCACCUCAUCAUCACCGGUCGUUCUGCUCUAGGCGACUAGUCACCCGAGGGGAGUGAGUCAAGAUGGGUAUUCCCUACUCUCGCCAGAUCAAUGCCGCGUUCGAACAGGUCACCCCUCUCGUCGCCGCGGGCUUCAAAGUCCUGCGCACAACACGCGAUAUCUCCAUCUUGCUCGCCGUUAUACAAGUCCUGACUGUGUUCUUCUUGGGAAUGAUACUGGCCGUGCUGGUAGUACUGUGUUAUUGUGUAAACCCUGACCUGGAGGCUGAGAGAAAAGAAAUUAUUACACCAUGGCUGAGGCAUUUCGCUAGUAUCACAGUCUGGGGUAUCAUCAAGAGUGUGAUUACCAGUAUAAUCGUCUUCGGUAUUGCUGGUGGGCUGCUGUGGAAACUGUUCAUCGUUAAGCAGUGGGUUGCGGAUGUGGAGUAUGAGGGCAAUGUCGAUGCAGACAAAGCGCUGGAGGACCUCAAUGAGGAUGAGGAUGUGCAAAAGAAGGCUAAAAACGGUGCGGAAGAAGCUAAGAAGGAGCAGGCAAAGGGAAAAAAGAAGUAGGUGGUGACUACGGGACUGCGGAACUGUUGAAGACAAUAAAGUGAUAGGUUCAAGUUAAGAAUAUCUACAGCAAAAGGGCUUAAUAACAAGAAUGGAAGUCAUCAUAACAGCAGCAGAGCAAACGCAGCAAAGAACGCUGUGGC